UACUGUAGACAUAAGGCAUAACAUUUUAUUGGUUAGAUCUCUAAAAAAAAAAGUGUAAAGAUAAUUCGUAACUGAUAAAAUUGCAUGUGGUAAUUUGAAUGUGAUAAUUCAUAAUUUCUGUUUGGAUUAAACUUUACAUGUUUGUUACCAAAACAGCAACUGCGAGUUAUUUUGGAAACAACUGCGUAAAUACUACUAUUUGGAUUGAUGUUUUCUUUGAGGACAUAUUACUAUCCGGUGACAUUUAAGUAUUCAAAUUUCCGUUCUAAAUUAUUCACAUUGAUUUGAUGUCCUCUCAGUUUUAGAUAAUGAUUAUCUACAUGUAUCUCCAUGUAAAAUCUAGUUACUCUUUAUUCACCAUUAGAUAAAUGGAUGUUUAAAUUGCGCAUGUGAUAUAAAGUCUAAAACUGAUAACGAUAACACAGUUUUAAAUCUUACAUUAUUGACAGGUUAAAGUCUUUGAUUGCAAAAAUAGUGUUUUGAGACCAUGGAAAUUACUGAGUACAAUGUACCUGAAUGGUGUUUUCCUAGAUAUCAAUACUCAAUGAAAAUUAAGAAGGACUUAGCUAAACGUUAUAAUAAUUUGAUGAGGAGGCUUCAACGUGAUGUCGAGCCACUAGAAGGCAAAAAUGAUUUUCCUGAUAAUAAAAUUUGUAUUUUCCUCUGCAAAGAUUUAUCUUUUGAAGACAUCAUUCCAAGUAUUCAAUCAGUAGUUUCUAGAAAGUGUGACAACAUAACAAAAGAAAAUACGUCAACUAUUGACAGUUUAAACGAUCUAUUAUCAAAAGGACAUUUCAAAAGAAAUACUUUUGUCAUUACGAACAGCAAAAGUGACAUUUUAAAAUCGAUAAAGGAUUUUAAGGAAUAUGUUAUUGUGAUUGCCAAUGAUGAAAAAGAUGUUCAUGGUCUUUUGAGAACUUUUAAACAUUAUGAGCAUGCCGCUGUGUGCACUGUAGAAAAUAUAUGUGACGUUGUAUCCACACGUUUAGAACGAUAUGCUUUCACAGGUAUGAAGAACGCUUGUGCAUAUCUUGAUUCUAUUCUUACGAAAAGAAACUUAGAGCAUCACAGUACACAGCAUGACGACAAAGCUUCGGUGAUUGACGAAACUACAGAGAAAGAAGAAGACGAUUACAUACAGACAGAGGUUGUCAUCAAAAGAGCACAGUCGGCAAAGGAAAAUUCCAAAACGACUACACAGUCCAUUCCAAAACGAUCAAUGUCAGCAAAUGAAAAUUCAAAAUCAGGUAGACAUAUUCCCGUAGAAAACAGUCAGAAUAUUGGCACAGAAACCAGAGAUACCACUUCUUUGUCAAGAAACAGAUUUAAAACUGUGAAAAAACGAGAAAAGUGUGACAACAGUAAACCUCAGAAAAGUAUCGCAGUUUUAAGCAAAGAACAUAUUGAAUCUAUAGAGCGUCUGUAUGAUGAAAUUGUUGGGAUAUUCAAUAGAAGUAAUCUUCCAGAGACUGAGUUUCCAAAUCUACGUUACAAAAUGAACAACAAAAUAGACGAAAAGUUAUUGAUCAAGCUGCAGCAAAUGAGUGAUGUGAUACAAAGCUGUGGGUAUCGUUUCAGCACGUUUCAGGUUUAUACCAAAGACGGGCUUUGUUCAGAAGAUCUCAAUAAAAACAUUAAAGCACUUUUAGAAGAGCAUGGUAUAACAGAAUAUUCAAUAGUUUCAUCAGAUAUAAAUACAUUUUCAACUUGUCACGUCGGCAAGAAAAUUGCAGUGAAAGAUAUGAAUGAUCGUAAAAUCUACGGAACACUUGGUGGAUUUGCGCAUACGUCGUCGGGAGAAUCUGAACGAACUUGGGCCCUCAUCUCAAGACAUGUUGCAAAUUGUAGUUCAGACAGAAAUUUAUAUGUUGAAAAUGGUAAAGAACGCGUGGUGGCCAAAAUAAUGAAACAGAUACAUGAAGGUGAAACAGAAAAACAAUAUUUGGAUAUCGCUGCGGCUUGUCUGGAAAAUGAUGCAGAAACUGGCUAUGAUACACGGUAUAUUACAGAAGAAAAUAUAAUCGUACAAGGAAAGCUUUGCAACUACGACACUAAAAAAACUUCGAGGCUUACCUGUACAUAUCAAAGGUGCUUCAACACCACUGGGACUAGGUACUGUAACUAUUCCAGAACAAAGUUCAGUCCAAAAUUACGAUUUGGGCGAAAAUUAUAUUGUUGUAGAAGACAGAGAGGAAAAUGGUGCAUUCUGCAAGGAAGGUGACAGCGGUGCAAUAGUAUGUGCAGAACAUCCGGAUAAAUACGGUGAAGAGGUCCAGCUUAUCUCAAUGGUCGUUGGAGAAAACUGUGGUAGAAAAGGUUCAUACACCACGGUCAGAUUGGAUAAAGGAUUAGCAGAGCUUAAAACUCUGACAGAAAAAGAAUUUAAAUUGAGUUAACAUUGAGAUACAUAUGUCAUACUUACCUCGAUGUCUAAGAAUAUAGAACUCCUUCAAUGGUUGGAGAUUCAAACAAAAAUAUAUGACUUUUUGCAUAUCAUCGCAUAUUCCGAUCGGCGACCCCAACCAGAGGUGGAUUAUUCUAUGCAUACUAUAUUCUACAAAUAAUUAAAGACAGAAGAUAAAACAAAGGACAUAACUUUUUGUAGCAUUAAAAUAUUGUGUUCUUGUACAUUUUGUACAAGUUGACACAUUUACGCAUCCAUAAAUGUUUCACGUUCCAUCCAUUUAAUGAUGCCUUUUAAAGCAAAAGUGUCGUCUUAAUGUCAGGUGAACUUUCUUUGCAUACGGACCUUUCGUUUGUUAUCCGCUAUAAAAAAAACUCGACCUGACAUUAUAGGGUGUAGAACAAGUUAAAAAGCAUACCUAAAGUUCCUUCUAGGGCACAUCUGUAUAAAUUUAUGAUUGUCUUGUAAUAUUUUUGUUACAACGUCUAAUUUAAAUAUUGGUCAUCAGUGUGUAGAAUCCCAGCAUUGGUCACACGGACAAGAUCAUUCUACCUUAUUGACAUUCCGUAUCCCCCCGUUUAAGCGCCCCCGGAGGCGUUACAUUUUGCAUCAAGGGGCAUUUAUUUCUGCAACAAAAUGCCACAAAAUGAUAAAAUUUUGAAAAAGAA